UGUACUACUUUGAGAGAUGAGAACCUGUGGUUUGUGAAGCCCAGAAAGUUCAGAGGAUAGUUUAAGCGAUAUCUCUUAAGUGCAGCAUGCUGAAACCUCCCAAGACAGCAGCAGAUGAUCAGAUGGAUGCACUGAGAAACAGCUUUUUACUGCUUCUGCCAUGUUGUGUGUGCCUUCUGGAUGCCGAAGUGACUCUUGUGAAAACAAUCGGGAAGGAACCAGAUUUCAUACCAAUCUGCACCAACGAAACAUCAAAUGACAUCAUACUAAUAGUGUGUAAGAUCAGAACGGAGAGGAGCAGUGGAGAGGAAUGUCGUCUGCUGUAUAGAGAAGGAGACGACUUUGUUCAUGAGUGUGACUCCAGGUUCACUCUUAAAACAAGGAAUCACACAGUGUUUCUGCACCUGACCAGUUUAACACCAGCUGAUAGUGGAAACUACACCUGUGAGUGUUCAAAUCUUAAUGGAACACACAUUCUUCAUCUCAACGUCACAGUUAGAGACUCGUUUCCUAAUGAUAAUCUAGCAGAUGAAGUUCGGAGCGAUUCUGCAGGAGUUGUAGUUCCUUCUGCUUUGACUGCUGCAGCUCUCUUCAUUAUCUUACUUACGGUUAUUCUGGGAUUUGUCCACAGAAGACGACACCAUCGAGAGCAACCAGAAUCAUGCAGCCAUCAUAAAAAUGAGGACUUGGUUGAAAUUGAGCCGUACAGCACCUUCAUUCAGAAGGAAAACGGACUUUAUGCAACAGGCAUGUUGUACGACCAUUAAAUUAAUUCUGACAAAACAAAUAUAUUUACUUGAAUGGACACAUUUACAGAUAAAACCACAUCUUUUCUAUGAGCUGAAUAAAAUGUAUAAUCAUGUUUUUCCUCACUGUCAGACAUUAAAUAAGUUAUCCUGUUUCAGGUCAGUUAGGGUUGAUAAAAUUAUUUCUAUUUGGUAAAAGCCUUUUUUACUUUUUCUAAAUUGCGACUAAAAUGCCUUCAAACAACAUUAGAAAGCACAGAGUAAACUUCUGCAAGGUUAAUUCACAACAUCUUAGUUAAAUGAAGGCACACAUCAUGAUGCGUUUUAAGGUAACCCCUCAAACACACUACUUUCUAGUGUGGCAAAAUGGAAAAAUCAAAAGAAAUUAGCUCAUAUAUCAGGAAGAACAAUUUGGACUUGCACAAGUCUGGAGGAGUCACCUUCAUCUGUUCAAACAACUGCAUGCAACUAUAAUCAGUAUGGGAAAAAGAAGGGAAGCUUGCAAGCCUGAGAUCUUAACUUUGGAGUCCGGGGGUGGCAGCAUCAUGCUAUGUGGGUGUUUCACAGCCGGAGGGACUGGUGCACUUCAUAAAACAAAUGGCAUCAUGUGGAAAAAAAUAUUAUAUGGAAAUUUUAAAGCGGCAUCUCAAGAAAUCUAAUAGGAAGAUAAAGCAUGGACACAAAUGUCUUUUAAAUGGAAAUAAAAAAUCGAUGCUACUAAAUACCACAGAAAUGUGUGUGAACUCUCAAUAUUCUGGUAUUUAGUAACUGUAAAUAAUUUUGUUAAUGCUAAAUGACCUAAAACAGGAACAUUCUGCCAAAUUUGGUGUCAGACAAUAAAAAAUGUCUUUUCAUAGAGUGUAUGUAAAUAUCUGGUUUUAGCUGUGUGUUUGAGAGAAGUUUUAUGAGUGAACUGCUGUCUGAUGUCCACAAGAGGGCUCUCUGUUACUAUGUUGAAACUACUGUAUUUCAAUUCAUUAAGCAUUAAAGUGACUCUUUUAUACAUUAAUGAAAUCCAAUUGUAUACAGCGUCAUCUGGAGAUUUUCUCUUGUGAAGUAAAUCAAAUUAAACAAAAAUAAGCUGAAUGUAAUGUGGGGAAAAGGUUUAAAUGCAUUAUUAACUUAUUAAUGAAAAGUAAUAUAUUAAUUGCAUUUCCUGGCCAAAAGAAAUUAAGAACAAUACAAUACAACAACACAAUCAUAACAAAUUUGAAUUAUUAUUUAGGUUAAGAUAGAAAUAUUUUUCAUUGUGUUAUUGUGGAAAAAAAGUGAGGACAUGCAAGCUCAGAUGAUAAAUCCCACUGACCACAUGUUUGUUUGAUUAAAAAAUCACUUCAAAUUUAGCAAAUAUUUUACAAUUUAUUCCUAACAGAAUCACUAUUCCGCUGUGUGUCUGAAUAUUUUGCUAUGCUGUUCAUCUCUGUGCCUUUUAAAUUGAGAGACAAUCACAUGAACUGUCAGCAUGUACCACCACUUAUCACCAUAUUAAGCAAUAUUGCAAUCUGUGGGAUCUUAAACAGCAACAUGAGU